AUGCUGCGAGGAAAACUGAUGCUGUUGCUGCUGAGCUUUUUAGACUUGAGCAGGUCGUACGUGUUCCAGGCAAGUCGCCCGUCAGAAGGAGGAGACCCCCCCUCACCCCAGACCAAAGUGGUCUCGGAGUGGAUCAGCUCGUCCGGCUCGUGUCUGGGCAGAUGUUUUGAGCUGGAAGAGGCCAAAGCUCCCGGCUGCAGAUGUGACAAUCUCUGUAAAACGUAUCUCAGCUGCUGUUUUGACUUCGAUGAGCACUGCCUCAAAACAGGCGGGGGUUUUGAGUGUACCCCAGACAGAUGUGGAGAGGAGCGAGGCGAGGACCAGGCCUGUCACUGCUCCGAGGAUUGUGUGGAGAGAGGAGACUGCUGCGCCAACUACAAGGCCACGUGCAAAGGUGAGACCUUGUGGGUGCAGGACGAGUGUGAGGAGAUCCAGGCGCCUGAAUGUCCUGCUGGUUUCAUUCGUCCUCCUCUUAUCAUGUUGUCUGUGGAUGGAUUCAGAGCCUCGUAUCUGAAGAAAGGACGAGCAGUGAUCCCCAACCUCCACAAACUCAGGGCCUGUGGGACCUCAUCUCCAUACAUGAGGCCUGUCUAUCCAUCCAAAACCUUCCCAAACCUCUACUCUUUGGCCACGGGCUUGUACCCGGAGUCCCAUGGCAUUGUGGGAAACACGAUGCAUGACCCUGUGUUCAACGCCACCUUCACUCUGAGAGGACGAGAGAAACUAAACCACCGCUGGUGGGGGGGGCAGCCGAUCUGGAUCACGGCAGAGAAACAGGGAGUGAAAGCAGCAUCAUUCUUCUGGCCUUGGGUGAUUCCUCUUGAGAGAAGGAUCCUCACCAUCCUGAGCUGGCUGCAGCUGCCUGAUGACGUCAGACCGUACGUUUACGCCGUUCACUCGGAGCAGCCGGACACGUUUGGACACAGACUGGGACCUCUCAGCAGCGAGCUGGACAACCCUCUGCGGGAGAUCGACAACAUCAUUGGUCAGCUCAUGAACGGACUGAAGCAGAUGGGCCUUCACCGCUGCGUCAACGUCAUCAUCGUCGGUGACCAUGGUAUGGAAGAGGCUCACUGCGACCGGAUGGAGUUCCUGAGCUCGUAUCCUCUGAACAUUGAUGAGAUUAACCUCAUCCCAGGAUCUUUAGGACGAAUCCGGCCGAGAGACCCCAAGUCUGCUACAUAUGAUCCUCGAGUGGUGGUGGCCAACCUCACGUGUAAAAUGCCUUCUCAGCAUUUUAAAGCGUACCUGAAGCAGCACCUUCCCAAACGCCUCCACUAUGCCAACAACAGGCGGAUCGAGGACGUGCACCUUCUGAUGGAGCGGAAGUGGCAUGUUGCCAGGAAAAUGCCGGAAAAGUUGAGGAGUCGCUGCCUUUUCAAUGGAGACCACGGCUUCGACAACAAGAUCAACAGCAUGAGGACCAUCUUCAUCGGACACGGCCCCAGUUUCCAGUUCCAGAAGAUGGUUCCAGAGUUCGAGAACAUCGAGCUCUACAACGUCAUGUGCGACCUGUUGGACUUGACUCCGGCCCCAAACAACGGCACAUACGGCAGUUUAAACGACAUACUGAGAAACCCGCCCUUUUCCCCUGCCAUGCCACAGGAAGUGACAUCACCAACCCCGCCCCUGGACUCUGAUGCCACGGCAACGCACGACCUGGGCUGCAGCUGUGAUGAUGAGAAUGCGGAGCCCGAGUCCCAGUGGGUCCAGGACUUGAUCCAGACCCACACAGCCCGAGUCCGGGACAUUGAGAUCCUAACGGGUUUGGACCUGUUCCGGUCCACCAACCUGACCCAAGUCCAAGUUCUGAAGCUGAAGACCCGAAUGGAGACCUUCGAGCCCGAGGACUGA